AUGACGCUGUGGUCUAUUGGAAAGGCCCCUAGUCCUCGGGCUAGCGAGUUGCUUGUUGCACGAUGCACGAUACGCAAAACACACACAUCAGCAUCGCCUAAACAGCAACGAUUCUCAUCUACUUUGCAAAUAGCUGCUAAGAGCAGAACUCAUGCGGCUGCCGCCCUACCUCCUCUUUCGGCUCUUCCCACCAAAGUGCUUCUUCGAUCACUGCUGGUUUCCACAAUAUCUUCCAAGCCUCUUCUGCUCUCCCCUUCUCUCUGGCUUGUGUCUAUUCUUGCCCAGCCAAACAGGGGCUGGCUGACGAAUGUGGACCGCAAUCCGAUUUUACAUGCAAUUUUGAAGAAGACAUUCUAUGAACAGUUUUGUGCGGGUGAGACUGUUGCUGAGACAAGGGCAACGAUUAGAGAGCUGAAGGAUAUGGGCUUCCGUGGUGUAAUGAUGACCUACGCUAAGGAGACUGUGUUUGAUCACCGCACCAACACUCAACAUGGACUGGGCAUUGCCGCACUGGAAGCGGAAAAGAAUGAUGAGUCUCUGCACCCACUGGUUUCUCACUGUGCAAAUAUCGAGGCCUGGCGGGAAGGGACUCUCAAGACAGUCGAACAGCUUAACGAUGGCGAUAUUUUGGCUGUGAAGUUGACUGGAGCCGGUCCCGUUGUCACCGAGGCUUUCUCUAAAGGCGAACUACCACCCGUCCAGAUGCUCGAAGCCCUCGAUGAAGUAUGCAGCCAAUGCAAAGAUCGCAACGUCCGCAUCAUCGUCGAUGCCGAGUCACACUACUUCCUAUCAGGAAUUCUCCGCGUAACCCUCGACCUUAUGCGAAAGUACAAUCGUGACGGUCACGCCCUGAUCUACAACACGUACCAAUGCUACCUCAAGAGCACACCGGCCACAAUCGAAAGACAUCUCACAGCAGCACAGCAAGAAGGAUUCACCCUCGGACUGAAACUGGUCCGCGGGGCUUAUCUCGCCUCCGACGAACGGUCCCUGAUCCACGACACAAAGCAAGACACCGACGACGCAUACAAUGGCCUUGCCCAGGGAGCGCUCAAACAAACCAUCGGAAAAUUCGGCGUCGAGACUACCUUCCCCUCUGUGAACCUAUUCUUGGCCAGCCAUAAUAAAGCAAGCGUCGUGGAUGCGCACCAGCUCCAUAAGCAGCGUACCGCUGCUGGAUUGCCUACUGUUCCAGUUGGAUUUGCUCAGCUACACGGGAUGUCGGAUGAAGUCAGCUUCUCGUUGCUUCAGCUGAAGGGCAAUGAUGGUACGCCUGAGGUGUACAAGUGCUCCACUUGGGGAACUAUGGGUGAGUGCUUGGCUUAUCUGCUUCGGAGGGCGAUUGAGAACCGGGAUGCGGUUUUACGCACCGGCGAUGAGUAUAAUGCUUUGAAAGCGGAGUUUGGACGGAGAUUUCGGGCUGUGUUCUCUUUCUCUUCCCAAAAAUAG